GUCAGGUUUUAUUUUAUGUAAGGUAUGUUUGGUUUUAUUGUGAUUUUAGCAAAGAAUGUUAAAGAUAUGAGUCUCUGCCUAUACAAGUAGAUAAGACUUUGUCUCUUAUUACUGAAAUAGCCGCCGCCUUGACUUGACGGCAAAUAUGGCCGCCGUGUGCGGCGACUUUACAUAAAGGACUUUGUCUACAGCCAUUCUUAUGAAGGCAGUCGUAAUGAAACUCUGCGCUAAAGCAGCGUUUAGUCACGCGUUUUCACCAGCUGAUGCGGACGUCACAUCGUGACCCGGGAUUUCCCUGCGCCGUCCUUGCGUUUUCCGUGCGGUCAUUUCGCGUGACGCACUCUAAACGGGUCAAAAAUGGGAUCACUUGAGCGGCACAAUGUGUUUUUUCUAUCGCAAGUUAUGCACGAACAUUUUUAUUAUUAUUUUGUUGUUGUUGUUAUUGUUAAAUAAAUAACAAUGCUUCACAUGUCAUGAUGUAAUGUCGUUUUUUCGCCGCUAGGUGCCGCUAACUGUAAAUAGAAGCAAAUGAUUUUAGCUGGUCAUGACAGGUUUUUUAAAAAACCUAAACAAUUUUAAAACAACAUAUAUUUAUUUUUAAAAACAAUAAAUAAAUAAACAAAAUUCGGGUAUAUAUCUGACCGUGAAACAAUAACUAAUUUAUAGCUAAUGUAAACUAUAAAAAGAUAGAAUUAUUAAAAUAUUUAUAUUAAAUAACUAUAAAACUGUUUAAGUGUGAAAAUACAACGUUUUAAAACUUUAAAUAUAAAAAGCUUUCAUUAAGAAAGACUGAAAUAUGAUAAUUAUUGCUCAGUAUUACGUCUAUACAUGCACCGCAAACUGAUGGUUCACCGCGGGAGACCGCGCGCCUAUUGGCUGACCAAACUUUAGUGCCGUCCGAUUGGCCUGAGACGAACUUUAGGGGUGAUGGAUGGGAACGUGGGAACUCGUACUGGCUAGUCACUACAGAUCUGGACUCCGUGAACUGACCCCAGGGUGCAGCGGUGUGCGCGCGUAGCCCAUUUACUGAAGAUGCUCUCAGAAUGACAAAUACAAUUCGGUUUAUUAAAUAACCUGGAUGAUUAUGUGUCCAAAGUAUUAAAACUACAUGCGUAUUACCCAAUCCCAGGUUUGAACAGCUUUGCGCACGGUGCGAACACUUUUACGCGCGGGUUUAAGUUCUUGCACGGGAAGGAUGCGCAUUGCGCUUUUGGUCACGCUGGGUUGCGGGUUCGCGUUUGGCUGCCAGCUGCCCACCGAGUGGCGACCCCUCAGCGAGGGGUGUCGGGCUGAGCUCGCCGAGAUUAUUGUGUACGCUAAAGUGCUCGCCAUUCACGAGGAGCCGUAUGCGUCCAGCUACAACUACCUGCCGUACUCGCGGGCCGAGAACGCGCUGCUGUACGCGGCGGAGGUGGAGAUGCUGUGCGACCAGGCGUGGGGCAGUAUGCUGGAGGUUCCCGCGGGCUCACGCCUUAAUCUCACGGGACUGGGGUACUUCAGCUGUCAAUCACACACGGUGAUGGUGAACAACUCCUACAUCUUCUUUCUCAGAAUGGAUGAAAAUUACAACAUCCUCCCUCACGGAGUGAACUUCCAGGACGCCAUAUUCCCAGAUACACUGGAGAACAAACAACUGUUUUCCAGUCUCUUCCAGUUCUCAAACUGCUCUGCCGGACAGACAGUACACAACUUUAAUAGUGAAUGGGAGAGCCAGGAAGACAACAGGUUGCUGUGCUCCUCCAUGCAGAAGGUGCUGAUGGAGGAGGAGGAGCGGGUCGGGCAGCUCCAGGAGCUCGUGGCCGAGCUGGAGAGAAAGAAUAAGCAGUUGAGACAACGCGUCGGGAAACUGCGAAGUUCCCUGCGGAAGACCCGGAAAGCAUCACGCCGUGCCGAGCGAGAACGGCAUGAGCUGCGAGAACGUCUGAACGCAGCAGAGAGGCAUGCUGGACAUCAUCUCAAUGCCAUUCCACCUCAACACUGAUAUACACAUGGACUGUGAGCUCAUACACACACAGGGCAUGGGAGGAUACAAGAAACAUUACACACAGACUCUAACAGACUGCAGGGUAGUUUGUUUAUACAUAAUUCCUUACCAUGACUGUCUGAAUUACCAUUUCGUUUCAUUUAAAAGUUACUCAAAUAAUUUUCGCCCCUUUAAAAUGGAUUUUACACACAGGGUCACAUAUUUCAAGGAGAAAGAAAUGUUUGUGUUAUUUAGUUUAAAUGCUGUUUAAAAAUAAUAAGGUUUUGACAAUAAAAGAACUGUAGAUUUUAAUCUACCCCAACAAAUUAUUCUCCAAAAAUGCUUGAUGUAAACUGCACACUUUGUAUAUAACUUCAUCCUUAGGUGUGUUAUUUUUGUUUUAUAAUUUUUUUAUACUCUUUCUAAAGAAAUGUAAGUAUAGUUUUCUAUCUAUUCACUAUUCAAAAUAAAAUGCGAAAGAAAGGUGUGCUUGGAUUUUUCUAUGA